CUCACAGCUUGCCGUAGAAAACGCGCAUGCCUACGAGUGGCUGCUGGAGUUGCCAGGUUAGCUACACAUCUUAGUUUGCGGUGUUAUUUCAGUUCCAUCGGCGUUUAAUGAAUAUCAGCUAAUAAACUUGACGAGAAGAUUUCGUUAAUAACUAAAAAAAACAUGUAUAAUACGCAUUCUGGUAAUUUAAUCGGAAACACGCCUCACAGCAAACCGGCGUCAUCCAAUUUGGCAACCCCGAAAGAGUUGAUGUCUUUCAAGAUGGCGUCGCAGUACUACCAAGAGAUGCAAGAUAGCUUCAAAAAUAACAACAAAAGCAGGGAAUUCCCGGCACACACGGCUAAAGUCCACUCGGUGGCGUGGAGCUGUGACGGCAGGAGACUGGCCUCCGGCUCUUUCGACAAAACAGCCAGCGUUUUUAUCCUGGAAAAGGACCGAUUGGUGAAGGAGAACAACUACAGAGGUCAUGGCGACAGCGUGGACCAGCUGUGUUGGCAUCCGACCAACCCCGAUCUGUUUGUCACAGCGUCCGGGGACAAGACCAUACGCAUCUGGGACGUCCGCACCACCAAAUGCAUCGCCACCGUCAACACAAAAGGCGAGAACAUCAACAUCUGCUGGAGCCCGGACGGCCAGACCAUCGCCGUGGGCAACAAGGACGACGUGGUGACCUUCAUCGACGCCAAGACGCACCGCUCCAAGGCCGAGGAGCAGUUCAAGUUUGAAGUGAACGAAAUCUCCUGGAACAACGACAACGACAUGUUCUUCCUCACCAACGGCAACGGCUGCAUCAAUAUUCUGAGUUACCCCGAGCUGAAGCCCAUCCAGUCCAUCAACGCUCACCCGUCCAACUGCAUCUGCAUCAAGUUCGACCCCACAGGGAAGUACUUCGCCACAGGAAGUGCCGACGCCCUGGUCAGCCUGUGGAACGUCGAGGAGCUGGUCUGUGUCCGCUGCUUCUCCAGGCUGGAUUGGCCAGUGAGGACGCUGAGCUUCAGCCAUGACGGGAAGAUGUUGGCGUCAGCAUCCGAAGAUCAUUUCAUAGACAUCGCAGAGGUUGAAACAGGAGAGAAGCUGUGGGAGGUCCAGUGCGACUCUCCGACCUUCACGGUGGCCUGGCACCCCAAGAGGCCGCUGCUGGCGUACGCCUGCGACGACAAGGAGGGCAAAUAUGACAACAACCGAGAGGCGGGCACUGUCAAACUGUUCGGCCUCCCCAACGACUCCUGAGUGUCGGCGCCGGUGGGAGCUCGGUCGUGUUGCAGCGUUAAAAGUGCUCGUCUUUUCACUGAGAGAAUACCUUAGUGUUAAAGCCAGACAAAGGACGCAUUGUCUGGGGAGAGAAAAAAAAAUGUUGGAUCUGUGUCUUAACACAGACACCAGAGUGCUGUUGCUAAGCAAAGAUGCAGCUGCUCUAUUUUGCGAGUUAGUCGAGCACAAAUUACAGAAAGUGACACGCUCACUUUCAUUGCUGAUUUCCGUGUAAUUCCUCUUUCCAGAUAGCUGGUUCAGGUGUAAUCAGGAUUUGACCUUGUUGUGCAGCAAAUAGACAACAUCACCAUUUACCAUUUUCCACCACUAGGCAGUGCUGCUCUCCAGUUAUAAUGCAGGUUUCCUCACUCUCCUCUUCACUUAGACCCCUUCCCCCCCUUUCUUUUUUUAUGCAGUUAAAAAAAAAAAAGAAACCCGGUGUUGUAAUAUAAUAUUUUGUAAAAUAUGUAUUAAGUUUUGAUAUUAAAAUUGGUCUCUUUCUAA